AUGUUUCGAGCUUAAAAAGAAGAGGGCUUCGUAAUAGGGGGAGAAGGAAGUGGUUUUAUUAGAUAAAUAGGUGAAGGAGUAGAGUAGGGGCUCAUGGGAAGAUUAGUUUCUUUUACAUAAGGUGGUUGGGCGAGAUACGCAAUCAAAGAUAUUAAUGAAGUCAUCAUAUUUUAAGAUCAGCCUAGUUUUGAUCUAAGAAAAUCUGCAAAUGCUUAUGUGAAUCCACUGACAGCUUGUGGAUUGAUAGAUUUUGCUAAGAACCACAAUGCUAAAGCUGUGGUCAUACUUGAUGCUUCUUCUCAGCUUGCGAAGUAAAUGAUCAGAUUUAGCAGAUUGCAGGGUAUUGAAACUGUGAAUAUAGUUAGAAAAGAGGAGUAAGUCAAGGAUUUAGUUGAAAAUUACGGAGCGAAAUAUGUUCUUAAUUAAUAAAGUUCAACUUUCUUCCUAGAUCUUGAAUCAUAUUUAAAAGAGACUAAUGCAACUAUUCUUUUGGAAUGUAUUGUAGGUAAUAUACCAGGAGAUAUUCUUGCAAAAAUGCCUCCAAAAAGUUUAAUGGUGGCUUAUGGGAUUCUAUCAAAUAUUAGACUAAGCUUUGAUUCAUUUGAUUUAAUAAAAAACGAUAAGUGCAUUCAAUCUUUCUUUCUGUAUAGGUGGCUCAACUCACUUGAACCUGAGAUUAAGAAAUAAUGGUUUGAAAGAGUAGCUGAUGACUUACAGAAUAAUAAGUGUUAAAUAUUCGGCACUAAAAUAGUUAAAUAGAUAGCUCUAGAAGAAUGGAGAGAAGCUAUUGAUGAGUCAGAAAAGGUCGCCUCACAGGGUAAAUAUAUUAUAAAAUGCGCUAGAAAUUGA